AUGGGAGGAUGAAUACCAAACAGAAGUACAAAACCGACUGUUCCAAUUCAGUCUAUCAUCCAGAGGAACAACGUUGACUCUAACUUAAAGCCUAGUGAGGCCAUGGAGGCUGCCAAGACUAGUCUGUAUUGCAUUGUGUGCUAUAAGCAUCCUCAAAAGGUGAAAGUCACCACCUGCUGCAAUAUAAUUAUAUGCAAAGGAUGCUCCAAAUUCCUUGACAGAUGCCCACAUCGAUGCCAGCAUGGCAAAAAAUUCUUACAAAACGAUAAAAGGCUGGACUCCUUGCUCAAAAUUCCCGAUAGCCCAACAAAGUCAGUCCAUACCAACCUUUAGUCAGAACUCAGAGGCCA